CGCGCGUGCGCGGGGGCUGCGCGCUGACGGAGGGGCCGGUGAGCUUGCCCCACCCUGCGAGGAGAGCCAUGCUGAGGGCGGGGAAUGCUGUCCUGCGGCUGCGACCGCGCCGCUGUGCGCCCCUGGCCUGGCGCGCCCUGCACAGGCAGCCGCUGCACCCCGAGUGGGCUGUCCUGGCUCAGAAGCAGCUGAAAGGCAAGAACCCAAAGGAUUUAAUAUGGCACACCCCAGAGGGAAUCGACAUCAAGCCUUUAUACUCCAAAAGGGACACGGAGGACUUCCCUGAGGAGCUGCCAGGGGUGAAGCCUUUCACUCGAGGGCCCUACCCCACCAUGUACACGUACAGGCCGUGGACCAUCCGCCAGUAUGCUGGGUUCAGUACAGUGGAGGAGAGCAACAAGUUCUACAAAGACAACAUCAAAGCUGGCCAGCAGGGAUUAUCAGUUGCUUUUGAUUUAGCCACCCACCGUGGUUAUGAUUCAGACAAUCCCCGAGUUCGAGGAGAUGUUGGAAUGGCUGGAGUUGCCAUCGACACAGUGGAAGACACCAAAAUCCUUUUUGAUGGAAUUCCUUUGGAGAAAAUGUCCGUUUCCAUGACAAUGAACGGGGCAGUCAUUCCUGUGCUGGCUACAUUCAUUGUGACUGGGGAAGAGCAGGGAGUGCCUCAGGCCAAGCUGACAGGGACAAUCCAGAAUGACAUCCUGAAGGAGUUCAUGGUCAGAAAUACCUACAUUUUCCCCCCAGAACCAUCCAUGCGGAUCAUUGCUGACAUCUUCCAGUACACCUCAAAGUAUAUGCCAAAAUUUAAUUCCAUUUCCAUCAGUGGGUACCACAUGCAAGAGGCAGGAGCUGACACCAUCCUGGAAUUAGCUUAUACCAUAGCAGAUGGCUUGGAAUACUGCAGAACUGGGCUUAAAGCUGGCCUCACUAUUGAUGAAUUCGCACCUAGGCUCUCUUUCUUCUGGGGAAUUGGCAUGAACUUCUAUAUGGAAAUAGCAAAGCUGAGAGCUGGGAGGCGGCUGUGGGCUCACUUGAUUGAGAAAAUGUUUAAGCCCAAGGAUUCCAAAUCUCUUCUGCUGAGGGCUCAUUGUCAGACUUCGGGCUGGUCACUCACUGAGCAGGAUCCCUUCAACAACGUCAUCCGCACCACCAUCGAAGCCAUGGCUGCAGUGUUCGGGGGGACGCAGUCUCUGCACACCAAUUCCUUUGACGAAGCCUUGGGGCUGCCCACAGUGAAGAGUGCUCGCAUUGCCCGCAACACACAGAUCAUAAUCCAGGAGGAAUCAGGGAUUCCCAAGGUGGCAGAUCCCUGGGGGGGAUCUUACCUCAUGGAGUGCCUCACCAACGAUGUCUAUGAAGCUGCUUUAAAGCUUAUUGAGGAGGUAGAAGAAAUGGGUGGAAUGGCCAAAGCUGUUGCUGAGGGGAUCCCCAAACUUCGUAUUGAAGAGUGUGCAGCCCGGAGACAAGCCAGGAUUGACUCUGGGUCUGAAGUAAUUGUUGGAGUGAACAAAUACCAGCUAGAGAAAGAGGAGACAGUGGAAGUUCUGGCCAUUGAUAACUCUGCAGUCCGUGCCAAGCAGAUCGAGAAAAUCAACAAGGUGAAAGCCAGCAGAGACGAAGCAGCAGCCCAGCAGUCCCUAGCUGCUCUCACACAAUGUGCUGCCACUGGGGAAGGCAACUUACUUGCUCUGGCAGUGGAAGCAGCACGUGCCAGGUGCACCGUGGGGGAGAUAACAGAUGCCAUGAAGAAGGUGUUCGGGGAGCACAAAGCCAGCGACCGCAUGGUGAGCGGGGCUUACCGCCAGGAGUUUGGGGAGAGUGAUGAAAUCCUUCAUGCCAUCAAGAGAGUUAACAAGUUCGUGGACCAUGAGGGCCGCAGGCCUCGUAUCCUCGUUGCCAAGAUGGGCCAGGAUGGCCACGACAGAGGGGCCAAAGUCAUCGCUACCGGCUUCGCUGACAUCGGCUUUGACGUGGAUAUUGGCCCCCUGUUCCAGACCCCGCGGGAGGUGGCGCAGCAGGCCGUGGAUGCAGACGUGCACUGUGUCGGGGUGAGCACGCUCGCCGCGGGGCACAAAACCCUGGUGCCUGAACUCAUCAAGGAGCUCAACGCCCUGGGCCGGCCCGACAUCCUGGUCAUGUGUGGAGGAGUCAUCCCCCCUCAGGAUUAUGACUUCCUGUAUGAAGCCGGCGUUGCCAAUGUGUUUGGUCCAGGCACUCGUAUUCCAAAAGCAGCUGUGCAGGUGUUGGAUGACAUUGAGAAGUGCCUGGAGAAGAGGCAGCAAUCCAUGUGACUCUGAAAUGUCACAACUCAGCAGCCUUACACCGACCACUUGAUUGUCAGCAAGGUGUGGCCAACCACAAACCUCUGCUCCCACUGCCCCCUGGCCUCGUGUUUUGUGCUUUCUAAAAAAGUUCUAAACUCUCUGCUUGUUCUAUUUGAGGAUUAUUUAUAUAGAUACCCACAAGAAAAUUUUAUCUCUAGAACUAUGAUUUCAGGAAGUGAAGGGAAUUCAAAUAAGUUGUGUUUGGUUUUUUUUCCUCCAGAUAUACUGAUAAAUAACUGCUGCAGCUCUUUGGUUGGUCUCUUUUGCAUGCAGAGAACUUGUUUUGAAUUUUUUUGAUAGUUAUAGUAGACCUAGAACUCUUCUGGCAGUAUCACUCAUCAGCAGAGAUGGGAUUGAAUCCAGCAGCACUUUGAUUUGAGAAAUGGGGGCUUCUCAGGCAAGGGCAGUGAUGGGGACAGAGCACAGUGCACAGCUGCUCCUAUACAGGCUACUGCCAUCUACAGCAUUUGUAUCUUAUUAAGCCAUUACAUUCAAAAAUUUUCUAACUAUAGUUUUAUAAAGAGAGUUAUGUUGUGGCUGCCCCAUCCCUGGAAGUGUUCAAGGCCAGUUUGAAUGGGGCUUGGAGCAACCUGGGAUAGUGGAAGGGGGUUGGAACAAGAUGAUCUUUCAGGUCCCUUCCCACCCAAACCACUCUAUGAUGCUGUGUUUCUCUGAUUCUGUGAAGUUGUUAAUCAAACAGCUUGUGUUUUACAUUAAUGAGCACCAAAACUGUUAUGUGGGUGAAAGAAGAAUCCAAGACAAAGUUUAAGUUGCACAGUAUUACUGGCAAAGUAAUGGGGUGGAAUCCAAGCCUUUGUAAUGUUAUCCUCGUGCUCUAACUUCUGGAAUAAUGACCUCUCUCAAAUUUGAUCUUUGUUCUGAAGUGAAUCACAUUUAAUUUUGCAGAUGGAAAAUUGACCAUUAACAGAAGUUUUCUAUAAAAAAUCAGUAAGUUAUUCCUGUGCCUUAAUAGCCAGAGACUGCCUAGAAGCUUUUUCAAAACAAGGCAUUGAAAUUAAACUUAUUUCAUUACAUAUCAGAGUUUUAGUUGUGUUAUCCAACAUUAUACGUCAUCAUCUUUAUAUGAUGGCAUAAAAAGUGUCAUAUCUUAUGACUCUUGAUAUGUCAUAAAUGGAGUAAGGAGUUCCAUUUAUCCUCAAUGGAAAGAAAAAAGCCAAAGGUGGCUGGCUUAGGUUGAGUGUCUGCAUUGUAAUCCUCCUCAGAGUGGUGAGAAAACUCCUAAUAUGUGAGAGGUCUGAUCUGUUGGAGAUUUUAGAUUAAAUUUUUUUUUUUGUAUUGAGGUGGUUGUACUGGUGAUUGCAAACAUGAGGUGCCCAGACUCACUCCUGAACUCAGUGCUUGCAUCCUGAAAAGACAGCACAGUCCACGGCUGGGUAGGAAAUAACCAUGGAAUUAUAAUUUGACCAUAAAUUACCUUCUCAAAACUUAAAAAAACAACCAAACAAACCUGGUGUUAUGGUUCUACUGAAUCAGCAAACUCUGUUCUCAGUUGCAGUCAUGUCAGUGCUCUAGCCAGGGGGGAAUUUGGGAUCUCAGGAGCUCCCAUGGAAGCUAUGAGAGCCAGGACUGCAUCUGCAGGGUGACACUGCUAGGGAGGUCACCUGGGGAAUGCCUUGUGUCAUCCUGUACAGAAAACAGCUGCAGAGAAAGGGUGGUAAAACACUGGAACAGGCUGCCCAGGGAAGUGAUGGAGUCACAAUCCCUGGAAGUGUUUCAAAAAUAUGUGGAUGUGGCACUGGAGGACGUGGUUUAGUGGUGAACACGGUGGUGAUGGGUUGAUGUUUGGAUAUGGUUUUAAAGGUCUUUUUCAACCUUAAGUGUUCCAAUAGCUUCUGUGGCAGAAGAGCUGUUGUGCCUCAGCCAGCAACAGCUGAAGGACACAGUUCCUCCUGCUGAGAGCUUCCUUCCCUUCCCACUGUGCCAUUUGGGACACACAGAAGGCAUCCUUCACUGACUGCCACCUUCCCACCAAACCUCAUCUGACCAAGGCUGCUCUGCUCCUUGGACUUGUGCUUGGAGGAGUUGGAGCUGCACCUCUGAGAGAGCAAGGAACCAGAGAUCUCUAAUUUUGGGAGCAGCCACAUUCUCACCUUUUCCUGGCAGUGAACAUUUCUUGCUCCCCAUAUGGUUUUCAGUCUGAAUUGCUGGAAAAAUACACACUCAGCUGUGUUUACUGCUAACAGUGUGUGCAACCUUUGGUUUUCCCUCGUGGCUGUGGUAGGGCAAACAGUUGGCAGAUAGAUUGCAUUAAAUAAAAUCAAAAGUAUAGGAAAAAAAUCAACAAAAAUAAUAAAUGUCUUUUUACCUGAAAAUAAGUUUAAUUUACAUGAUUUUAUGUUUGGUACAUAAAUCUAUUUCCCCUAAAGUGGAGGCUUAAAGACAAUAUUUGAGAGUUGCUUAAAAAUAUAUACCUAAAUCUCUUUAUUGACGUAAGAUAGGCAGUGACAACCUCAUUUCCUGCACCCCUGCUCCUUUGGGCCUGGGAGUGAGGCGGGGUUGACCCCAUGGCUGCACUUCAGGGAGCUGCAGCUCCCGGGUUCUGCACCUGCGGCGCCGCAGACAGACGGAUGUUGUCCCUCCCACUCCACAUGGUGGACAGGGGAUUCUCCACGGAGUUGUCGGAGCUGAAGUAGUGAACCCGCCAGGCACAGCAGCACUGCAGCCUCUUAACCUCGCAGCGGAAAGUCUUACUGAAGACGUAGUAAAUGAAAGGGUUGUAGGCCGUGGAGGACUUGGCAAACAGGCAGGGCAGCAGCGUCACCACGGGCUGCAGGGAGUGGCUGGAGUUAAAGAUGGACCAGAAGCUGGUGGCUGCAUAGGGAGUCCAGGAGCUCAGGAAUCCCACUGAGAUGAGCACGGCCAUCUGCAAGGGAACAGAGCUGUUUGCAGCUGGCACAGACAGGGUGGGUGUGCAUGGGGCCACACCUGAACUGCAACAGCCGAAGCUGUGCUUGCUGGGCCCUUAUGACAAGAGACACAUUGAGGGGCUGGAGCAUGUCCAGAGAAGGGGACUGAGCUGGGAAAGGGUCUGGAGCACAGGUCUGAUGAGGAACAGCUGGGGGAGCUCAGCCUGGAGAAAAGGAGAGUCAGGAGGAGCUUACACACUCUACAACUCCCUGGAGGGUAGAGCCAGGUGGGGGUCAGGCUGUGCUCCCAGGUAAAAAAUGAAAGGACAAGAGGAAAUGCCCUCAGGUUGCACCAGCGGAUGUUUAGAUUGGAUAUUAGUAAGCAUUUCUCUAUGGGAAGGGUUGUCAGUCAUUGGGACAGACUGCCCAGGGCAGUGGUGGAGUCACUGUCUUUAGCAAUAUUAAAAAAAAGUGUUGCUGUGGUGCUUAGGGACAUGGUUAAGUGGUGGGCCUCUCAGUGCUUAAUUAAUGGUUGGACCUGAUGAUCUUAGAGACCUUUCCCAGCCUGAAUGAUUCUGUGAUUGUAUGACUGGCCUCUAGAAAGCUUGGAUCAAUUCUGUUUUUCCACAAGAAAUGCACUACUGAAGUCCAUAUUUGGAAAAAAAAAUACUAUUUAAUAUUAAUAUAUUAAAAUACUGUUUCCACACAGAA